AUACCGUACCGUACCGUACAGUAAAUUGCAAAUGGCGACGUGACAGACAAUUUACAUUUAACACGCAACAUACCGCGUGUAAACUUGACUCCAUUCCACAUGAAAUAUUUUAUCUAUCGUUAGUUUUGCACCUUUUCCGCCUAGUAUUCGCAGUAUUAACCAUUUAACCAAUGAGGAUCGACAUAUAGAUCAAGUAAAGCUCAACUAGUGAUUGUAUGCCUAAUAAAAAGCCAGCGAUACUGAUUCGGCCUCGGCUGCAGGCGAAGUCGAAGACAAAGUCCAAGAAGAAGGAGAAGCGCCUCGGAGGACCAGCCCGUGGGAACGACGUGGAUAUGCCACUGCCAGGUCCCCGUGGUCCAGGGCCAGGAAUGCCUGGACUAUUUCAUCCUUCAGAAAUGCAGCCGGGCAUGAUGCACCGAGAUGGUCCUAGGUUUCCUGUGCAUGAUAUGGGCGGUCCUGGUCCCGGUCCAAGAAUGCAAGGUCCAGGCAUGCCCAUGGGUAAUAACAUGAUGGGCAACCAACCCCCCUGGGCGCGACCUAACCACGGUCCUAUGAAUCAACCAAUGCUUAACCAGCCUAUGGGCAUGGAGCAGCAUCGGGAGUAUGAUGCACCUCCUAUGCAAUACGGCCAGGCACACCAACAACAGAGAAUGCCACAUCCGCAGCAGAUGCCAUUUCAACAGCAGAACCAGGGGGUUCGUCCAGCAUUUCAGCAACAGGGUCCAAUGCCGUUCCCAGGUCCUCAACAGCAGGGACCAAUGCCACAGCAGCAGUUCCCUCCAAGCUCUUCACAAAGUGUCAACGUGACGCCGGGCUGGAAAGUGGGACUGUAUGCCAGUGAAAACAGCAAGAUGCAGCAUAGUCCAGAUGCUCCACCCCAUGGAGAUGAUGAUGAUGAUGGAAAGAAAAGAAAAGCAGCCAGCAAGGCCAGAAGAAGGGAGAGAAGGAAACAGGAGAGAGAAAAGCGGGAGGCCGAAAAUAAUGCAGAAUCUGCUUUAUGGGAUGUUGUCACGUCCAUCGUUAGCUUCCCCGGCGAGGGUGAGGAAGAAGAUCGGGAAUCCCGGGAUCAGACUGCAAGAGAUCAAGAUCCAAGAGUUCGUGGAUCCGGAGAACGAGACUUGAUGGAACGGGAACUAAGAGAGCGAGAGUUACGAGAUCGAGAACUCAGGGAGCGAGCCUUGAGAGAGCGCGAACUGGUGGAGCGACAAAUAUGGGAAAGAAAUGUGAGAGAGCGCGAAAUGCAAGAACAAGAAUUGAGGGAAAGGGAUUCAAGAGAGCAGGAACAGGAAUCAAGAGAGAAGAAAUUGCGAGAAAUUGACCAGAGAACGCAAGAUCCGAGGCAACGUAAUCUGAGGGAAAGAGCCUCAAGCGAAGGGCCUCUUAGACGAGAGGAACAUAGACCAGGAGAUGGUCGGGAUGAUAGAUUUAGAAGCAGUGGGAGUGAUCGCAGGAGAGAUGAUGAUGAUCGAAGAAGAGAUGACGGACGGAGGGAUGAUCGUGACCGAAAGAAGGAUGAUACCCGAGGAAGAGAAGAGGAUCGUAGGAGGGAUGAAGAUCGAAGAAGAGAUGAGGAUCGAAGGAGGGAUGAAGAUCGAAGAAGAGACGAAGAUAGAAAGAGGGAUGAGGAUCGACGGAAGAGAGAAGAUCGAAGAAGAGAUGAGGAUCGAAGGAGGAAUGAAGAUCGAAGAAGAGGUGAGGAUCGAAGGAAGGAUGAGGAUCGCAGGAGGGAUGACAAUAGAAGGAGGGAUGACAGCAGAAGCAGAGGACAAAAGGAGACUAGCCCAAGUUCAAGAGAUCGUCAACCAGGCAGCAGAAGUCAGGACAGGCACAUCGAUGACCGGGACAGUCGAGACAGAUAUAAAGAUGGUCAGAAGAGUCGCAGUUCCAGUCGAGGAAAUGUGAAAGAUUCAGAUACCAGUAAAAACCCUGACAGAGGAUCAUCCCAGCAAGGCCCAUCGAAGGAUCGAGAUGCCUCAAAGGCCAGGAAACCUUUCAUCGCCAGCCAGCAGUGGACGGGCAACCAGUUUCAAGAGACCUGGAACCAAGCAGUCUUACAGUCUCAAGAAGAGUGGGCCGAGAAAGCCAAGAAGGAAGAACCGACGAGCCUAGCUAAUAUAGCGAAAACCCAGGAACACGUUAAGAAGGCAUUUAGCAAGGAUGACCUGGUGCAGCAACCCAUGGACAUAGACAGCGAUGGUGACGGACCUGUCUCACAGAUGAUUAUGGAGGAGAUGGCCAAGGAAACGGCGCAUGCAGCUGUGAAUAAAAUCCGGGGGAUCUUGAGGACAGCCGGGAAAGAAAACCAGAAAGAAGGAAACCAGAAAGGAGACAAGAAGAACCUUAACUUUCAGUGGACUGACAAGUCUAAAACAAAGGGUGACUUUAGGUGCAUUAUUUGCUCUCUAAACUUCACAACUCAAGCGCUUUUCAUAAAACACUGCUUGACCCCUGAGCAUCUUGAGAAGCUCAAGGUUCGUCGAGAGAAAGAAGAAGCUCUUUUAGAGUAUUACAACCGCCCUAAGAGUGCCAGCAAGGACAAGGCCAGUGCAGACCUGAAGCAAAAGGAAGAUGCUAGCAUCUCCAGCUCAAGAGGAGCGAAAGGCUCAACUAACUUAGACUCUCAAGGAAAAGCCAGUACAUCCUACAGGAAGUCUGGUACGGUAGGUGAGCUGUUGGAGCGGCAACAGAGAGGGUCCAACCAGCAACCAUCAUCAAGGGAAAGGGAGAUUGAUGACUCUGUAAAGGAGUCUUCGGGAGGCCCUGCAACCUUGUCCAAUGAAGAGCUGUCAAUGAUUGAGGCCAUGGCCAGUCAGGAGAGUGAACAGGCUGAUCUAAUGGCCAGUCAUGAAUCUAGCUCCGUUCCUUGGACAGACAACACCCAAUCUGCAAAGGAAGUAAUAAAAGUUGAUGACAGUUCUGGGUCCCUUGCCAAUGAAGGUGACACCCAUAGUCCAUUGAAGGAAGAGGACAUAUUAAGUCAACAUGAGCGUAUUCCAGGGGUAACAGAUAAUGAGAUGAUCGGCCUAAACUACAUCAUUCCAGUGACAGGCUUCUUCUGCAAGGUCUGUUCCAAGUUCUUUAAUACCAAGAAACUGGCCUUUGAGGUUCACUGUAGGAGCAACAAACAUCAUACCAAGACUUUGAUCCGUAAUCGCCAUGAAAAUCUCCUCAUGCAGCAAUUGGAGGCCAAAGCCAAGAAACUCUCUGACAAAAAAACUCCAGAAGAGUCAAGACCAGAAGUUUCUGGUUCUCCCCAAACUGUUACACCAAGCAGCAGCAGUCAGGUGACCGUUGGCAGAACUCAGAUAGUGGUCCCCCAACGCCCGAAAGACCAGCAUUUAACCGAGGUCUUGAUGAAAGAAGAACUGAUAAAGAAGAUCACAACAUUCCAGGAAGAGGCACAGAAGAAUGGGAUGACACCAGCACGGCAGCGAGAGAUUGAAAAGCUGAGGAACCAGCUUCGAAGCCACCAGGUUCGAGAAGAGAAAGACAGACAGGACAGAGAGAUAAAGCUCCAACAGAGACUGCUGGAAGAGCAGCAGAAGAGCGAGGAAAAGGCGAGGGAGAUGCGGGUCUUGGAGAUGAAAAUGAGAGAGGAGCAACGGAAGAUUGAGAAGCUGAAGGCUCAGGAGAUGCAACUGGAGCAGCUUGCAGAGAGGGAACGUGAGAGAGAAGCACUGAUGCAACAGAAGUUGCUUCAGGAGAGGCUUUUACAAGAGCAGUUACAGGUGGAGCUGCAGCAUGAACAACAGCUGAGAGCAGAGCUUCUUUUGCAAGAUAAAUUGAGAGCAGAAGAUAUGUUGUUCAGGGAAAGGUUUGCUGCUCAGCAAAAGUUGCAUGAAGAAUUGAUUCUUGCUGCCAAGCAACAGCAAGCGCAGAAGGUGAUUGAAGUCCAUGUACAGCAAGAAAGAAUGCUGAGAGAGAAGCUAGCUCGCGAGGCGCAGCUUGGCAAUAUGAGAGGUCAGGGACAGAUGUCACAAGGGCAGAUGGUUCAGAAGCAAAUAGCACAGGAGCAAAUGGUUCAGCUACAGAGAGCACAAGAGCAAAUGAUCCAGGAGCAAAGGGUACAGGAGCAACGGGUUCAGAUGCAGAGAGCACAAAUUGCCCAGGAGCAAAGGAUGCAAGAGCAAAGAGCUCAAGAGCAGAGGGCUCAGAUGCAUAGAGCACAGGAGCAGAUGGCCCAGGAGCAGAGGGAACAGGAACAAAGAGCUCAGAUGCAAAGGGAACAGGAGCAAAGAGCUCAGAUGCAGAGGGAACAGGAGCAAAGAGCUCAGAUGCAGAGGGCACAGGAGUUGAUGGCCCAGGAGCAGAGGGAACAGGAGCAAAGAGCUCAGAUGCAAAGGGAACAGGAGCAGAGAGCUCAGAUGCAGAGAGCACAGGAGCAGAUGGCCCAGGAACAGAGGGAACAGGAGCAAAGAGCUCAGAUGCAGAGACAAGAGCAGCAGAGGGAACAGGAGCAGAGGGCCAUUGAAGAGCUUCGUGCCCAGGAAAGGAGAGUCAGAGAAGAGGCAGAAAAGAAAGAAAAAGAAAGGAAAAUUGCUCUUUUGAGGAAAAUAGAAGAACAAGAAAGAAUUCGAGCUGAACAUGAGAGGAAAGAUAGGGAGGAAAGGGAAAGGAGAUUAGCCAUGGAUAAAAUGAGAGAGCAAGCAGAACAAAGAGUUGCUCAAGAACUGAGGGAAAUAGAACUUAAGGAACAAAGGGACAGAGAAGCUAGGGAACAGAGGGAAAGAGAAGCGAGGGAACAGAGGGAAAGAGAAGCGAGGGAACAGAGAGAAAUAGAGGCUAGAGAACGAAGGGAAAGACAAGCUCAGGAAUUGAGGCAAAGAGAAGCAAGGGAAUUGAGGGAAAGACAAGCAAGGGAACGGGAACAGAGGGAACGACAAGCUCGGGAACUGAGGGAAAGAGAGGCCAGGGAAAGACAAGCUCGGGAAUUAAGGGAAAAAGAAGCAAGGGAAAGACAAGCUCGGGAAUUGAGGGAAAAAGAAGCCAGGGAAAAACAAGCUCGGGUAUUGAGGGAAAAAGAAGCCAGGGAACAGAGGGAAAGGGAAGAUAGGGAGCGAAGGGAAAAAGAGAAGAAGGCUGGACAGGAAAAGAGAGACCGUGAAAUGAGGGAAACAAGAAAAGCAUACAACCUACCUCAAGAGAGCCAUCCAUCUAGAAGCACCAGGAGUUCCUCUCGCAGAGGUCGAUCCCAGGAUUCAGGUAAACAGUCCCAGAGUAGGGAGUCACGGAGCAAAGACCCAACUUCCAGCUCGCGGGAGCGAAGCAGGAGCAAGGAGCCAAAGAGCACUCCUGCAAAACCCUCCUCCAAACAGACCCCUGUCGCAACUCGAAGCUCCUCAAGGCUGUCAUCUCAACAAAAAUCCUCCAAUAAAUCAGAUGUGAUUGUAAUAAAAGAUAGCCCCGACAUAGAACCAAGAAAGACCGUCGUAGGUGAGGAUCUUGAAGGAGAUAUGGGUGAUGAUUUUGAAGGCGUCAUGGGAGAAGAAGAUUUCUUUGAUCUUGGUACUCUUGGCGAGGGAUUUGAUGUUGUUGAUGAGUAUAUUGGAUAAUCUUUAUUCCAUUUUUUACCUUAUGUUCUCAUAAGCUCUGUGAUAUUCACUUAAACAAAAACAGAAUGCAGCUGUAUACACCAUCAACUUGGGAAAAUUUGAGACUAUAAAGCGUUCGUAGAAUUUGAUUUACGUAAUAGAAGAUAUUGCUCUCUUGAACCUUAUUUCUAGAUUUCAGAAGACCUCUUUUCUAUCUGCUACAGCCUCCUGUCUUGGUCAUGGCCCGCCAACACCAAAGGCAAACACAGAAUAGAGUGGUCAUUAGAAAACCUAAUUUCAGUUAUCAGAAGCAGAAAAGUUCUGGUGCUUUGGCCAUUAUACUAUUUAGUAUGUAUGAAAGUGUAGUGAAUAAGAUACUAGUAUCGUGUAAAUAAUUCUUGCUUUUAUCACACUUGAAAUUAAUUUAAUAUGAAAUUUUGAUGGGUAUAAAAGCCAUCAGUAUUUUUUAUUUCUUUAUUCUCUCUUUGCCAGUUGGACUCCAA